AUGCGCGCAGCAUCUGGUUUCGGUGUAGUCCUCUGGCUGCUGAUGCAGGCAGUGCAAUUGGUGUGGGCGGAUGUUUCCGUCCUGAAGCCCGAGAAAGGCGCACGUUUUUCGGCGAAGUCUGGGAAAGCUUCGCUCGAGCUUAGGUGGCGCAUUGAUGAAACUACGUACCCAAAAAAGGAUGAGAUUGAAAUAUACAAUGUGACACUCUGUGGCGGUCCGCUCAAUCAACUAACAUGCAUGAUGAACUUGGCAAAUGACGUGCUGCCGGCGGACGUGAAAGAGGACAAUGGGGAAUUGUCGCUUGACCUCACCGUGGACGCAAAUAUAGUAGCAGACGGCAUGUACAUGGUGCAGUUGACGGCGAAUGCCGGCAUUAUGGGGUACACGAUCAACUAUUCGAAGCGCUUCUACCUGGAGGACAUGACGGGCCCCAAAAAGAUCACCGUGAGCGCACCGUUGGAUCACCCUCUCUGGGGCGAAGUACACAUCACAGCCCGAAAGGACGGCGUGAAGUUUGACCCGACAGCUGAAUACGCCAGUGUCCCCUACUUGUCGCAGACAGCGAAAACACGAUAUGCACCGAUGCAAACACAGCCUGCGACAAAAAUCUCAGCCACCACGUGGGUGAACAAGCAUGAGGUAACAUCGGUGUCGUACUUCAGCGUCAUACGGAACGACCUGCUGUUCCAGGAGACCACCAUCACUCGCAGCAUAGACUACACGCUAUCGCUGUUCCACAACUACGCCACUCCGCAGCCGCACCCGUCGGAAUGGUACGACCCCAAACAGCGCCAGACGUUAUCCACGCGCAAGAUCAACCUAAGCCACCUCAGCAAGCGCUGA